AUUCUUCUAAAUAAAUAGACUAUAUGGGUUUUAAUAUAUAUACAUAUUUCAAUAGGAUAUAUCUGUAUUAUAUUACAAUCUAAACAAUUCCCGCCACACAAAAGACACCAAAGUAAAUGUUUGUGGAACUGAUAACAGCACCUAAUUAAGUUUCCUACCGGUACGAUUUACUGUUACACACUCACCGGGAUCAGCUGUGAUCAACUGCCUGCUUUCUACGUGGUUAAACCUUUAUUCCGGUGAAAGAUGCCUAAGAAGAAGACUGGCGCUCGUAAGAAGGCCGAGAGCCGAAAGGAGCGAGAGAAACAGAGUCGAGCCAAUCGAGAGGCUGUUGAUGUGGCCAAACACCCAUGUAAUGGAACCAUGGAAUGUGAUAAGUGUCAAAGGCGACAAAAGAACAGAGCGUUCUGCUAUUUCUGUUCUUCGGUGCAGAAACUUCCCAUGUGUGCACAGUGUGGCAAAACAAAAUGUAUGAAGUCUUCAGACUGUGUCAUAAAACAUCCUGGCAUUCACAGCACUGGAAUGGGCAUGGUGGGUGCCAUAUGUGAUUUCUGUGAGGCUUGGGUGUGCCAUGGAAGGAAGUGCUUGAGCACCCACGCCUGCUCCUGUCCUCUUUGUGAUGCAGACUGCAUUGAAUGCGACCGCAGUGUUUGGGAACAUGGUGGCCGCAUUUUCCGCUGCUCUUUUUGCCACAACUUCUUGUGUGAGGAUGAUCAGUUUGAGCACCAGGCGAGCUGCCAGGUCUUGGAAUCUGAGACAUAUAAAUGUCUAUCUUGUAAUCGUCUUGGUCAGCACUCUUGUCUCCGAUGCAAGGCUUGUUUCUGUGACGAUCACGCUCGAAGCAAAGUGUUCAAGCAGGAGAAAGGCAAGGCUCCGCCGUGCCCAAAGUGUGGACAUGAAACUCAGGAGACCAAAGAUCUCAGCAUGUCCACCCGAAACCAUAAAUUUGGUCGGCAGAGUGGCGCAGAUGAAGAUGGAUAUGGUGCAUCUGGAUACAGCUCCUACUGGAAAAAUGUGGAAUCUGGAGGGGGAUACCAAGAUGAGGAGGAUAUUGAGGAGGACGAUGACUUUGAUGAUGAUGAUGAUGAUGAUGAAGAGGAGGAGGAAGAUGAUGAUGACGAUGAGGAGGAAGACGCUCCUGAGGUUGAGGAUUCACUCUCUAAUCUGAGCUUGGGAGCAAGUGGAAACACUUAAUAAAAAGAUGUAGAUGAGAGUCAGAAAUUCAGAUAUAAAAAAAACGUGAGCUGUGCGGUCACAAGCGUCAGAUAUUUGGCCAAGUACUAAUUAAGGUUUUGUGCUUAAUGAAAAGGAGAUUGCAUUGAUAUGAAUGUGUGCAUAAUAGUGCCAUAUCUGACAUUGUCUGACAUUUUUGAAUUGCAAAUAUAUCUGAAGAAAUAUUUUUAAAA